AUGGGGGAGUCGAUCCCGCUGGCCGCCCCGGUCCCGGUGGAACAGGCCGUGCUGGAGACGUUCUUCUCUCACCUGGGUAUCUUCUCUUACGACAAGGCCAAGGACAAUGUGGAGAAGGAACGCGAGGCCAACAAGAGCGCGGGGGCCAGCUGGCUGUCGCUGCUGGCGGCCCUGGCGCACCUGGCCGCGGCCGAGAAGGUCUAUCACAGCCUCACCUACCUGGGGCAGAAACUAGGAGGUCAGUCUUUCUUCAGCCGGAAGGAUUCCAUCCGCACCAUCUACACAUCCCUGCACAACGAGCUGAAGAAGGUGGCCUCGGGCCGGGGUGCCCCGGGCGGCGCGGCGCCUCACCUGGAGGAGCUCCUCUCCCACCUGUCAGAGCAGCUCUGCUUUUUCGUGCAGGCGCGCAUGGAGAUCGCAGACUUCUAUGAGAAGAUGUACACCCUCAGCACCCAGAAGUUCAUCAACGCUGAUGAGCUCGUUGGCCUGCUGGACUCCAUCCUCAAAAAGUACAGCUCCAGGUUUCACCACCCGAUCCUCAGCCCCUUGGAAAGCAGCUUCCAGCUGGAGGUGGAUGCGCUGAGCCAUCUCCUCAAGGCCCAGGCCCAGGUCUCGGAGUGGAAGUUCCUGCCAUCGCUGGUCAGCCUGCACAGUGCUCACACCAAGCUGCAGACCUGGGGCCAAAUCUUCGAGAAGCAGCGUGAGACCAAGAAGCACCUGUUUGGAGGGCAGUCCCAGAAGGCAGUUCAGCCCCCACACCUCUUCCUCUGGCUAAUGAAACUCAAAAACAUGCUCCUGGCCAAGUUUAGCUUUUACUUUCACGAGGCGUUGAGCCGACAAACAACUGCUUCUGAAAUGAAAACGUUGACUGCAAAAGCUAACCCUGACCUUUUCGGAAAGAUUUCCAGCUUCAUCAGGAAAUAUGACGCUGCUAACGUGUCCUUAAUUUUUGACAAUCGAGGUUCCGAGAGCUUUCAGGGUCAUGGCUAUCACCACCCCCACUCGUACCGAGAAGCCCCGAAGGGUGUGGACCAGUAUCCUGCCGUGGUGUCCCUGCCCAGCGACAGGCCGGUCAUGCACUGGCCCAAUGUCAUCAUGAUCAUGACAGACCGCACCUCCGACCUGAACAGCUUGGAGAAAGUGGUCCACUUCUAUGAUGACAAGGUGCAGAGCACCUACUUCCUCACCCGCCCAGAGCCUCACUUCACCAUUGUCGUCAUCUUUGAGUCAAAGAAAUCGGAGAGAGACUCGCACUUCAUUUCUUUCCUCAAUGAGCUCUCCCUUGCCCUUAAGAACCCCAAAGUUUUUGCCAGUUUGAAGCCUGGAUCCAAAGGAUAACAGUUGUGUUGUGUUUGAAAGGUUUUUCAAGACUGGAAUUUUGUUAAUUGUUCUAAUGACCUGCAGCAGCCGGUGAUUAGCGCUUAUGUCCAUUCGUGCUUCUCUCAGAGCUAAAUCAGACAACUCCUCCCUAAUUGUGAUGCACACUUUAUCAGCAAUUAAGAGCAACUGAAUUAAAAUCCAAAGAGCAGUGUAGGAAGUGGCCGUGGGCCCCUGCGAGCCUCCGUGGUACCAGCACAGCUUCAGCGUCCGCCCCUUUUCCUGUUUCUUACGUCUGUACUGAGUAUUUAUGGGCCGUUGCUUUUUCCUUCCAUAUGUUUUUAAUUGUCUAAUCAUUGCAUUUUAAUGGCAAUUUGAAGGACCUUCUCUCCCUGCUUUCUGAAAGAACAAUUGGGAUUGGAUAUUAAAUGACCUUUUUAGAAUGAAAGAU